CGUUGCUGUUAUUUUCUGUUCACGUUACUGAACUGUUUCUUUCCCGUGGCGUGUUAAUCUUCCACACAUGGUGUCCCCACCGGCAGUUUUUAACGGUGUAUUUUCAGAAUAAGAGAAAACCUCACUACGGAAGUAACUGUUCCACGUGUCUACAUCUCACCGGGGGCGGUGCUUUAUUGUUGAAAACAAGUUGAAGAAUGGAGUUGGCCAACCAUGGUCUUAUCCUGCUGCAGCAGCUUAACGCUCAGAGGGAGUUUGGCUUCCUGUGCGACUGCACUGUGGCUAUAGGAGAUGUCUUCUUCAAAGCUCACAAAGCUGUCCUCGCUGCCUUCUCCAACUACUUCAGAAUGCUCUUCAUACACCAGGACAGUGACUGCGUGCGCCUAAAGGCUGCCGACAUUCAGCCAGAUAUCUUCAGCUACCUCCUCAACCUGAUGUACACAGGCAAGCUCGCACCGCAAUUGAUAGACCCUGCACGGCUGGAGCAGGGGGUCAGAUUCCUCCAUGCUUAUCCGCUCUUGCAAGAGGCCAGCCAGUCUGUGUAUUCACACCCUGAGCACAGCAUCAACCUUUCCACCUCCCUCUACGGCAUCCAGAUCUCUGACCAACAGGUAGCGCUGUCAGCUAGGUUGCCCACUCGACGCCAGCUCUCCUCACCGUCUGACAUGGAGCAGCUCAGCUCAGAGGGGAAGUAUCCGUCCACGCCAGCUGCCACAGCUUCCUUACCGUCCAAGCUAGCUUCCUCACCCCUAGAUGUGGAGGCCUCAACUAGCGGCACCAAGCCUGCAGUUGAGGAGGGGGGAAUGGACUCGCUAAGCGCUGAAGGUUCCUCAACCAAUGCCAUCCUCCAUGUAAAGCCCAGCAUCAUGAAGAGGAGCUCCUCCUUUAGGAAGCAUUACUCCUGUCAUCUGUGCAGCAGCCGAUUCACCCUGAGGAGCCUGCUGAGAGAGCAUCUCCUCCAACACACCCAGGCUCUGCAGCAGGCACCAGCUGAGCCCAGCAUUGCAUUCUCACCUGUCAUGACUGGAGAGCAUAGCAUGCUAGAGGCAGAGGGGGUCCUUAAAGGAAGCAAGGCGGGGUCAAGUGCCUCAGCUUCCACUACAGCAGUAGAGAUAAUCAGCGACAGCGAGCAAACGCCUGUUUCAGGUACCAACUCGGACUCUCCCCGAGCAGAGGUGUCCACAUCCUGCUGGGGCGUGGGAGGAUUAAAUUCUCAGGCUGACACACCGCCUCCGUCAGACAUUGCGGACAUCGACAACUUGGAGAGUGCCGACUUGGACAGGGAGGUGAAGCGACGGAAGUAUGAGUGCUCCACCUGUGGCCGCAAGUUUAUUCAGAAGAGCCACUGGCGCGAACACAUGUACAUCCACACGGGCAAACCCUUCAAAUGCAGCGCCUGUGGCAAGAGCUUCUGCCGGGCCAACCAAGCAGCCCGCCAUGUGUGCCUGAACCAGGGGGCCGACACCUACACCAUGGUGGACCGGCAGAGCAUGGAGCUUUGCGCCGCGGGUGACGACAGCAACCAGAUGGAGGCGAUGUUCUUGGGCUGCUCGUCAAAGCCUUACAAGUGUAACAUUUGUGCGACCACCUUCUCCAGUCCCAAUGAGGUGAUCAAACACUUAUGUUUCACUCAAGGAGGAUUGGUGGGGCUGCAGGGAACCACAGGAGCUGGGGUGCUGCUCCAGCGUGAAGAGUUUUCCAAAGAUGAAGGCUCUGAUUUGUCCAACUCUGGCACCCCACUGGAACCCAUUAAGACUGAGGAAAUCCUCGUAGAAUAGUGCCAAAACUGUUUAUUUGUCCUUUUUAACACAUAUGUUUAUUUUCUAAGUUAUGACUAAUAGGUAAGCUAAAGGUUAAGUUAGUCAGGGUAUGUAUGUGGAGGCUCUCAUACUAUUUUUGGAUGUUUUUUUUUUUAUUAUUUUUAAUUUUUUGAGUAUGACAGAAAGUAUACUUAAUAGUAAAGAUAAUAGCCUUUCUGUAGCUCUCUGAAGUUCAGUCCAACAACAGUAGAAAAGCAAAUAAAAUUAAAAGCUAAACUGCAUAUCAGUGAAGGAGAGGAAGUAACCGUUACUUUGUUUCAUCUCAUUAUUUUAUUGUUGGUGUACACUGGUAUUUGAGUCUCACAUGUCAGGCUAUGCCACGUUGCGUUUUCUCUCAAGAGCUACUGUUGUGGUAAAGCUGCACAGGCAGACUCUGAGUAGAAAAGGAAGAGGAAGCUGAGACAGUUCCGGAGGUGACAGAAGGUUGUGAGAUGAGUUGCAUCGUGUUAGAUUUGAGGGGUAGAAAGAGCAAACUGUCCCCCACCUGGAACUGCAAGGAAGACUUGUGUGUUCUCGGUCAGAAAAGAGAUGCUGAUUCUGCACAUCAGGUAUAGAUUAUAAUUCCAGCUAAACGUAUACAGUAUAUUCUGAGCUGAGACAAUCUGUGCUCUUUUUUUAAGUAGAUGUCCGAUAUGCAGGAAAGGACGUUUGUCUUCCAUUUAUGUUUUGGUUGACUCAGCAGAAUGAAUAUCUUGAAAAGUAACAUAAUGACCAUUACUUUAUCAGCAACUGUGUAGUGGUUUUACUCCUUGUUUUGUUGACUGUGCUAAGUAUGAUUAUUGUUCCUUUGUUGUUACACCAUAUUAAAGCACAAUUACUCUUUAUAAUAAGAGUUUGGCGCCACAAAAUUGAA